UCCCCACGACAGUGUCCACCGAAGCCAAAGCCACCGUAGAAAGAUGGCCCGCUGGAAGCCCGCUCUCACUCGAUCGCUUCUAUUCGCGGUACUGGCGAUAGUUCUUUUGCACUUGAUCGUGUCGAUUUCGGGAGCAUGCGUCUGCGUCCCGGAAGAGCUUUGUCCAGCGCCUGAAGUGGAUCUGCGGUUGGUUGACACCGACGAGGAGUGCCAACCGGGAGCAGUGUGCUGCGACGUAUCCAUGGGAACGUUAACCAUGGGGAACGUACCCAAGAGCCAGCCAUUCUGCGCGACCGCGUGCGUUUUGAGCGAAGACCAGUGUUCGGGAGACUAUCUGGACAACGAGUACGGUGAGGGUCUGCUCGAUGUGCGGCUGAUGUCCGAUGAGAAAUGUCCCGGCGAUUACAUCUGCUGUAAGUCCGUGGAACCGUCGAUCCAAGCAGUUUGCAAUGGAACCUGCGUGCCGGGCGGCAUGUGCACCAUGUUUGAAUCAUCUGGAACCGUCGGAUGCACAGGGGGUCAAGUGUGCUGUCGGAUGAACCGAAACAUGUGGACAGGACUCAUUAACGAGAUCAACGCGAUCGAUCACGCGGAAAGCGCCGUGAAGCAGCCGGAGACCCACUGCGAGGGGGCCGGCGGCGCCGACGGUUCCCCAGCCUGGUUCGUAUCGGUUUGGGCACGGGUGGAAGUUUUGCAAGGCUUCCUCAGUCACCGGUUUCUCUGCGGUGGCGUGCUGGUUUCGCCAAAGAUCGUGCUCACGUUAGCCAGCUGUGUGGAGCGUACGACUUCCAGUAACCUUUACGUGAUCCUCGGCAGCAACUAUGACCUUGUGAACCGGUUUUCGAUUCGGGACGAUGAUACCUACACGAUCGAUAAGUUGAUCCUCCACGAGGAUUACGACCCAGCGACGGAAACAGCUCCUAAUAACGCCGCCCUGCUUCGACUGUCAGAAGCGGCGUCGCCACAGGGUGGUGAAGAGUGUUUUGCAAGGUUCACCACAGAAGGUGAGCCGCUGGGCGAAUGUUACGUCUUCGGUUGGAACAAGGAUGCUUACGUGCAAGGCUCCGAAAGCCUUCUGAGGAGCUACCCAACGAAGUUCAACGUAAAUGGUUGCAAUCCUGGUACGGUUUGCUUCGAACCCGGCGCCAAUUGUGAGGAUCGUUCGAUGCAGGGUUCAGCCGUCGUUUGUGGUGAUCGCCGCCAGAGAGCUACAAAGCUACACGCGCUACUCGUUAACAAUUGCACCGGUUUGGCGGUGGACCACCUUUCGGCUUGGCUUCGGCACCAGGAAAACCCCACCUUCAUGCAGAUGCCUCAACGACCGGUGCCCUCGCGUCAAUAUCUUCCGGUGUAAGAGAAGGGCAAAUAAAUGGAAAACGCUUACGCUUAUCUCGCUACCACA